CCCGGCCCAAAAGCUUUGUGUUUUUACAGAUAUUAGACAUGUUUCUUGUUUAAGAAAAAAAAACUUAACGAAAACGUAGGAGAAUAAGAGAAACAUUUUUCCAAAAAAGAGAAAUCAUUGUGAUGAUUUUAUCUUAUUAGAAUGUUGGAUAAUAUAGUCUGCUUCAUUAAUCAUCAAGCAUGCUAUGCAUUUUCCAUUUUUAUAGGAUCUGUAUCUCAGUUAAGGUAAUACUGGUAAUUUUUGUACUGUAAUCAAAGAUGAAAAAUAUAGGCCAAAAUCAUAGACCUUGCAUAGAAGCUGGAUAAUGAAGACAACUAUGGAGAAAAACAUAGAUACACACACACGGACACACAUAUAUAUAAAGUAUACACACAUAUAUUUUUUAAAGGUUUAAAGCUUUUAAAGCAAAAGCCGGCCCCUCUUCUCUUCCAGAGUGGGAGGCCUCUCCGCUCUCUUAGAGUGGGUGGGGAGAGCGGUUGCCAUGGGCAGCUUUCCUUGUGAGUCACAGGGCCCUCUGGACACGCUGCUGUCUGGCCACGCCCCCUUGCCCUUUCAUCUUUCUCAUUGACCAAUGGGCUUGGAGCAUUAAGGCCACGCCCCUAUUCCGCAUUCUACUGGGGCCCUGGUUACGCCUCCUCUGGCUCAGUCACACAGCUGUCUGGUAGGUGACUGGAAGCAUUGAUCGGUGCUUACUGAGAUUUUGCUGCUGUGACCCCAACCCUUCCUCCCUCCCCAACCCUUCCUCCCUCCCCAACCUGCGAUGGCAGAAGAAACUCAACACAACAAAUUGGCUGCAGCCAAGAAAAAGUUAAAAGAAUAUUGGCAGAAAAACAGCCCUAGAGUUCCAGCAGGAACCAACAGGAACCGAAAAACAAAUGGCAGUAUCCCUGAGACAGCCACUUCUGGUGGUUGCCAGCCACCUGGGGAUUCAGCGACAGGUUUCCACAGGGAAGGCCCUACAUCAUCUGCUACCCUGAAAGAUCUGGAGAGCCCGUGCCAAGAACGAGCAGUAGUCCUGGAUUCAACGUCCGUCAAAAUCAGUCGGCUGAAGAAAACCAUCAAAUCUUUGAAACAACAGAAGAAGCAAGUGGAACAUCAGCUGGAAGAAGAAAAGAAAGCAAACAACAACAGACAGAAAGCCGAAAGGGAGCUACAGGGUCAAAUCCAGACAUCGAUCAUACAGAAGGAAGAACUAAAUACAGACCUGUACCACAUGGAACGUUCUCUCAGAUACUUUGAAGAAGAGUCCAAGGACCUGGCUGUCCGCCUGCAACAUUCAAUGCAGUGUGAAGGAGAGUUAGAGAGGAUUCUCUCUGCUGUCAUCGCCACAGAGAAGAAGGCGGCAAACCAGUUGUCCAGCCGCAGCAAAGCACGUACGGAGUGGUGGUUAGAGCAGUCCGUGCGGGAGCAGGCACUACUGAAAGUGCAGCUGACACAGUUGAAGAAGUCAUUUGAACAAGUCCAAUUAGAAAAAGAUGAGUAUGCUGAUCGUAUAAAAGGAGAGAGGGCCCUGUGGCAGCAGAGGAUGAGAAAAAUGUCGCAGGAGGUUUACACACUGAAGACAGAGAAGGAGCAUUAUACUCAUCGGGUAGAGGAGCUGGAGAGGAGCUUGUCCGAACUUAAAAACCAGAUGGCUGAACCCUUGCCCCCGGAGCCCCCAGCAGUGCCCUCUGAGGUGGAGCUGCAGCACCUGAGGAAGGAACUAGAGAGAGUGGCAGGAGAGCUCCAGGCCCAGGUCAAAAACAAUCAGCACAUAAGUCUCCUGAACCGGCGACAAGAAGAGAGGAUUCGGGAGCAGGAAGAGAGGCUUCGGAAGCAGGAGGAGAGGCUUCAGGAGCAGCAUGAGAAGCUUCAGCAGCUGGCCAAGCCACAGAGCGUCUUUGAGGAGCCGAACAAUGAGAACAAGAGCGCACUGCAGUUGGAGCAGCAAGUAAAGGAGCUACAGGAGAAGCUUGGUGAGGUGAAGGAGACGGAGCGCCUGGAAGCUGCCAGCCAGCAGAACCAGCAGCUAACAGCCCAGCUGAGCCUCAUGGCUCUCCCUGGGGAAGGGCACGGAGGAGAACAUCUGGACAGUGAGGGGGAGGAGGCACCUCAGCCCGUGCCGAGUGUCCCAGAGGACCUGGAGAACAGGGAGGCCAUGAGCAGCUUUAUGGACCACCUGGAGGAGAAGGCAGACCUGAGUGAGCUGGUGAAGAAAAAAGAACUUUGCUUCAUCCACCACUGGCGAGAGAGAUGCCAUCAGAAAAUCCAUCACCUUUUAUCAGAACCAGGGGGCCGUGCCAAAGAUGCGGCACUGGGAGGAGGACACCAUCAGGCUGGAGCUCAGGGAGGAGAUGAAGGUGAAGCUGCUGGAGAUGCAGCAGAUGGUAUUGCGGCUUCCAGCAACUACAACAAUGGGCACAGAAAAUUCCUGGCCGCUGCCCAGAACCCUGCUGCUGAGCCCAGUCCAGGAGCCCCAGCCCCCCAAGAGCUUGGGGCUGCAGACAAGCAUGGUGAUCUUUGUGAGGUGAGCCUCACCUCCUCUGCCCAAGGAGAGGCCAGGGAGGAUCCUCUCCUUGACAAGCCUACUGCACAGCCGAUCGUGCAGGACCACCAGGAGCACCCAGGCUUGGGCAGCAACUGCUGUGUGCCGUUCUUUUGCUGGGCUUGGCUGCCAAGAAGAAGGAGAUAAACAUCACCAUCAUCAAAAAGCUGCUCAAGAAAUUUUUAAAUAGGAAACCAAGUUAUGGGGUUAAUCUCCUACACAAUUCAUUUACUUCCUUUGAAUGUUAGAGUCACUCAUGAUUAUUUGUGUUUCUAAUUUAUAGUUUAAGUUUAUUCGUAAAAAGUUGAAAGAGAGUGGGUCUCUGUGGCUCUCACUGAUGUUCACUCUGGCAUCCUUUAGCAUUUUUCUUUUUUAAUUUCAUAAUUGUAGGUCAUUAGCAUGCAUAUCGAGUUUGCCCUUACGUGGUGGGAGUUCAAACACACAAAGACCCACCCUUUGCCCAGAACUGUUCUCGCUGGUUUGGAAUAGGCUGCCAUGCUUUUUUAAUGUUAUUGCAGCAUGUAUAUUCACUACAGCAUUCAGACAAAAUUUGCCUAUGUUCUGCUGUUGUUUGAUCUAAUCUUAAUCACAGUGAGCUCUUCGUUAGCUCAAUAUGUAGUUUGCCCCCAAGUGUGCACCGUUUAUUACUUUGUAAUAUGCCACUAUGAGUACUGACAUUUAGAGUUGUUUAAAGGCCAAGAACUGGAAACAGCCUUUCCUCCAUUUUCUGUGUAUUGGUGAUGGGAGUGAAACCUUUUGGGGGAGCUUUUUAAAUCUCACAGAAGAGGAAAGUGGCCUCCUCUGGCAGGUAUGUCCAGGAUAGAGUGUGUUUCAUCUGUUCCGGUGCCAGGAAUUAGCGGUGUAUUAUGGUGGUUCCCUUAGGAUUUGUAUGUGCUCUGGGCUCAUGAAGAUAUUGCAUCAUGAGCUGCAGCAGUUGCACUCUUUUUCGAUGACCUAAAAAGGGCUUAUUUCUGAGGAAUGAAAGGUUCCCAUCAUUGGCUGUGGAUGUGGAAAACCUUUCCUAGCUUAGAGCAUUUGUAUCUACAAUACAUUUUAAAGUCAGAGUUCAUGUUACCUGUUUUAAUCACAUGACUACAUGCCCCAGUACACAAAAGGGCACUGGUUGGCAUUCCUCUUGAUGUAUUUAGUGAAGAUCAUAAGAAAUCCUUUACGAGCUCAAAUGUCCCUGGAACAGGCAUACAGGCUCUAGUCAAGAAUGAAUUAGAGUGAAGGAAAGCUGUGUGACACCUGGCAUUCCUCUCUGUUCACGGAGAUUCUUUGAGGCUUGAAGAUUGAUUUUACCAUCUAGACCUCUUUGGCUAAUACCUAUUCUUCAGCCACCUUGGUUACUCUGACAUAGGAAUUUACUUCUUUUUCUUUGAAUGGAAAACACUUUAAAAAAUAAUAGAAACAUUAUUAUAAACUAAUAUAUGUGAGAUACUUAGUUGAAACAAAAAGGAGUUUUAGUAGACGGUAUUAUACUAUCUUUGAAAAUCAAGGAGAAGUUUAUGCAACUUAAAAUGUGUACAAACUGCAGUGCAAUCUACUGUUUGUGAAUGUCAAUGUAUUAUCAGGAAAUGUGUCUAUACAAUCACAGAGUUAUAUUUUCUCACAAACUUCUUUACAAAGUGAAAUAUGUUUUUGUACCUCUGGGUUUCAGUCAGGGACAUAUUUUGUACAGUAUUUAUGUGAUUGUGCCUAUGCAUGAUGAAUGAAUGCAUUUCAGUCAUAUAUUGCCUAAAUCAUAACUUGAUGAUGCUUGGGAAAGACUCAACAGUUAAAACUUCAUGAAGUUCUAAUGUCUGUGUUCCAAAACACAUCACAUUGUUAGGAUGCAGGGAGAUAGGUGUGUGUGCUCCCUGCGGUGGGGAUUUCUAGUUACUAGAUCAUCUCCAUUUUUAGCAUUUGGCAUCCUCAUGAUACUUCUAUAAAUAUGACAUUAACAGGAGAGCAACAAUACGAUUUUACUGAUGGAAUAACAGAUUUGCUGGCAUUCACUGAAAGGGUGCCAAUAUUCGGUCCUUGUGACUUCAACUGACUCUUCCAAAUUGUAUGAAUGUAUCAAUGUAUUAGAUAAACCCAGUUUCAGAAUGAUAAAGAAAAAAUGUUAGACCAAAUAAUGCGGCUCAUUAACAGUGGUCCGAUUUCUAGCCCGUGGGUUUAAAAUGCACUUAAAGUCCUGUUCUGGCCUUUUAUUUUCUGAACUUGCCGCUUUUGCAUUCUUUGAGUUCAGUUUAAAGACACUUACUUUAAGAGCAUUUUAAACCCUCGGGCUAGAAAUCGGACCACUGUUAAUCAGCCACAUUAUUUGGUCUAACGUUUUUUCUUUUAUCAUUCUGAAACUGGGUUUAUCUAAUACAUUGAUAAAUUAUUUCAAAGGUACUUUUAUCGUUGAAAUCACUUCACUUUUACCCUGAUAAAUAUCAGUGACUAGGAAUGACCUUCGGAUAGCGUUUAACAUCUGUAACCAAUCUGACAAUAAUGUGUUCAUGAGGUGCCUAUGGAUUAAAUCACACACUGGCAUAUUUAAGCUGAAGGUCAGUCUGGAAAAUGAAUUUACUAUAUUGACUGAAAUACCACUCUUUGUGUAGGCAUUUGUCAUAUAUUUAAGAAAACGCUAAAAAGAAUGGAAAUUGUAUGACAAUAACUUAAGUCUUUCUCCAAAGUGCAUGCAGUCUUUUGCGAUACCUCAUUCAGCCGAGUAUUUGUGCUCUUCCUCAUUCAGUAUAAGGCAGCUUUCAGUUUGCUUAGAAGGCAACAUUGGAAUGUUAGAGUUCAUCAGAAACAUAAAUUUUAAAAUGUGAGUUCCACUGAAUACAUUUUAAUUUCUGUAGGAAGAAUCAAAACACCUAUUUAAAGAUGGCAAUAUAUAAUAAUCAUUUUAAAAGUAUUUGAUUAAACCUGAUAAUUUUCCAGAAAUGAAAAAAAAAAUCAGCUCUAAAACAAAAGCUGAUUUUAGAAAAUUUGAAAAUGUAAAUCAGCCCUAUCCAUAAUAUAGUUUCUCUAAAACUUUAUCUUAAAGAGUCAUUUUAAAAUAAUAUAACUAUUAAAAAAUGUAACUGCUAUCUUAAUGUUCUGAAAUAAUUGAAAACAUUUUAAAAUAUGAAUACUGUAGUAUAAAAGAAAGAAAUGGUGGGAACGAAAAGCAGAGAAAGAAAUGCCAAUUCCAGUCCAAAGUUUUAUUUGCCAAGUUUUCUUAGAAUGAAUUUUAUCAGUUUAUGAAUUAUUGUAAACAGAAUGUGUCAUGGAAAUACUGAAAGAUUUUUCCCUAGAGUGGCCUUAUUGACUGCUGGUGUGAUGCCACUGUAAUGUAAUAAAUUAUUAAGUUGUUUCAA